CCUCGUCACGCUCGGACGCGGGCGGGGGGCGGGGAGCGCCUACAUGUGAUGCGCCCUCCUCGCGGUGCCCUUCAGCUGCCGCCGCAGUUCCAGGGGCGCCACAUGGACCCGGCCGGCCCGAGCGCGCUCUGCCGCUGACCGCCCGCCCGCGCCCCGGCCCCAGCCCCAGGAAGCAGAGAACUCCUGGCCACGUUCGCAUGUGAGCUGUGACCCUCCGAGGAGCCGCUGAGAACUCAAAGCCGUCACCAUGGAGUUCGUGAUGAAACAGGCCCUGGGAGGGGCCACCAAGGACAUGGGGAAGAUGCUCGGGGGUGACGAGGAGAAGGACCCCGAUGCCGCCAAGAGGGAGGAGGAGCGGCAGGAAGCGCUGCGGCAAGAAGAGGCGGAGCGCAAGGCCAAGUGCGCCAGGAUGGAGGCGGAGCGCGAGGCCAUGCGCCAGGGCAUCCGCGACAAGUACGGCAUCAAGAAGAAGGAGGAGCGCGAGGCCGAGGCCCAGGCCACCAUGGAGGCCAACUCGGAGGGCAGCCUGACGCGGCCCAAGAAGGCCAUCCCGCCGGGCUGCGGGGACGAGCCGGAGGAGGAGGAGGAGAGCAUCCUGGACACGGUCAUCAAGUACCUGCCCGGGCCGCUGCAGGACAUAUUCAAGAAGUAACGCCCCUGGAGCUGGACAGGAGCCCGGAGCCCCGGCCCCUCGCCCACCCCCGUCCUGCCCUCCGCGGAGGCGCCUGAAGGGAUGUCGGGCGCAGCGUGCAGCCCCCCAACGCCAAUAUAAGCCAUAGCCCUAGGUCUGUCCGCGCCUGGCCCCCUCAAGCCUUGGGAGCCUCCGCCCGCCUCUCACCCCAUCCCCGCAGCGCCAUCGCCACCGCCUCCGAGGGAGGGGCGCCCGGCCCCCCACGGCCCCCGCGGUCCGGGCUGCAGGCCCCGGGGACUAGCCUCCGGGCUCCUCCGGCAGCGGGUGGAUUGGACCUACCCCAGAGCCUGGGAAGCCCCUUCUCGCUCCUCCCUUCACCGCCCACCCAGCAGGGCCCAUGGCCAGGGACACCAAAAGGGCCGGCCCUGCGUCGUGGGCGCCUGUCGGGCCCACCCUCGGGAGCACAGCCAUAGUAGGCGGCGCGGUCGUGAGGCCGGGGUUGGGGCUGGCGCCUGGGGCUCAACCCCCCGGGGUCAGCCUGGACCCCAAGUCCUACCCCGCACCGACGCCCGGGUUGCUGAAUCUGCCGUCCACCCAUCUCCAUCUGCACCCCUUCCCUUCCUCGUCCACCUGUGUCUGUCCUCCCGCUCCCUCCUCGGCCCCCUCCUCGGGAAGGCUUUGCUUCUUAGGACUGCUGGGGCCUGUUCUCUUCUCCAGGAAGGGAGAGAAAGCGAUAGGCUUAGGGGGACACGCUCAGACCCCCGUCCCUCACACACCCCUGUCGCUCAAGCUCUUCGGCGUCCGUGAGCCCAGCUGAGCCCGGCCCACUCCCCUCCCUGGUUGGCACCUCCCGUCCCCUCCGAGGCUGCUCGGGGGACGCCCUGCCCUCACCCUCCGAACACCUACACCUUCACCCAGAGCCCGGGAGGAGGCCCAGAGCCCUGUGGGCCGAGCGCUGUGCACAGGCAGGAGGGCGUGGCGCGGAAGGCCGCCCCCGCGCCCUGCAGGCCCCCGAGGGUGUCGUCCCAGCCGCAGAGCCCGCCCGGUUGGACGGAAACGACCGCGGGCCUCCCAGCGUCCCCGUGGCCUCUGCCCUUGUGUAAUUUGCAUCACAAUAUGUCGAAUCUCAGGUAAAUGAGGUCUUUUGUAUUUGAGGAGUUUUAUCUCGACAGAAAGCCCAUCACCUCGGUCCCUGGGGCCCUUUCUGUCCACAUCAAAAGUUCAUCGUGUCCAGUGUCGCGGGUCAGGGGCGCGGCCCUCCCCAGCUCCUUAGAGAAGCCAUAACGACUAGACUGCAAUACCGACCCCUGGCGCUCACCCCCACCAUCCCCCGCCGUCCGCGCUGCGCCCCGACACCUCCCGGUUCCUCGUCUUUUUUAAAUGCCUGUUUUCACACUUUAAAAAGCCAGCUCUGAGCAGACAGGGCGUCGUCUCGUAGAAACCCCGCAUCCCGUCCCCAGCGCGUGGGGCGCCCGAGCAGCCGAGCUUAGUGUAGACCGUGGAUGUCCUCUGUCCGUCUGUCCCGGCGCCUGCGCUUCCUCCUGCAUGUCGGGGGCCAAUGCGUGUGUUCUCUCUGGAUGGAAUCACAGCCAAUAAACACCACAGUGAUUUAA